AUGGCCGCCGUCCAAAAUGAUUCUACCUCUUCAGACGCCUCUGAGACUUUGCCCAAAUUAUCACCGGCUGAAUUCAAAGUAUACAACCGGAUGGCAGAGCAAAUGGAUGCAUUUCAUAACCACUUUCGCAUGACAUGGAACCAACUCUGGGAUGCGUGUGACCCUUCGUCAAAACACUCAAAAGGGCUCUCUGGGCGCCAAAUGAUCAUGACGGGAUUGCAGUUUUGCUCCCAGCUUGGCUUCCACCAUUCAAUCGAGGAGCAGCACAUCUUCCCCGUUCUCGCGAAGAAAAUGCCAGAGUUUAAGAAAGAGUUGGAGUUACUCACUCAACACAAGAAAAUCCAUGCCGGCUCCGAUAAGCUUGAGGCGUAUCUCGAGAAGUGUCGUUCUGGAGAAGAAGAUCUGCGGCGUGAGGAGGUUAGACGGUUGAUGGAAAGCUUUGGGGCGGUGCUAUGGCAGCAUUUGGCAGAGGAAGUCCAUGCAUUAAGGGCUGACAAUAUGCGCAAGUACUGGACGCCGGAAGAGAUGAAGCGUCUCCCGAUGUAA